CCACCCCUGUCCCAGGGCGACCAUCACCACACACACAUUCACGCUAAGCCCGCAGCUCUGCACGAGACGACGCCACCAUGUCACCGGGACAAACGUCCACGCGGAGCCUGGUCCCGCCGCUGCUGCUGCUGUUGGCAGCGGGACACACGUGUCUCGCGGUCCGUCCACUGCUCGUGUUCCUGAUCGAUGGUUUCCGUUAUGAUUACAUGGAUGACCUGCACGCGCUGCCCGGAUUUCGCGAGCUCGUGACCAACGGUGUGAAGGUGGACUACAUGACACCGGACUUCCCCAGUUUAUCAUACCCGAACUACUACUCACUGAUGACAGGCCGUCACUGUGAUGUUCAUCAGAUGACUGGCAACAACAUGUGGGAUGAAGCCUCCAAGAAGGAGUUUCUGAUCGGGACCAAUGCUGACAGCCGGCUGCCUCUGUGGUGGGACGGAUCAGAGCCGUUAUGGGUCACCAUGCAGAAGCUUGGGAAGAAGGUUUACAUGUAUUACUGGCCUGGCUGUGAGGUGGAGAUUCUGGGUGUCCGUCCGUCUUUCUGUGAAGAAUAUGUCUACAACCCAUCAGAGAAAAACCUCACUGACUCAAUAGUGAACGCUCUCAGUGUGCUGAGCUCAGGCAAAGCAGACAUGGCAGCGAUAUAUUAUGAGAAAAUCGAUGUGGAGGGCCAUCACUUCGGUCCAGACUCUCCUCAGAUUAAAUCAGCUGUGAGACAGCUGGAUGCUGCCAUGCAGUUUCUCAACAGCAAAAUCAAAGAGAACCACAUGGAGGAUCAGCUGAACGUUGUACUCUUUUCUGACCACGGUAUGACAAACAUCCAGUGGAUGGAGAAGAUCAUAGAGCUGGAGAAGUUCAUCAACAUGUCAGAUGUCAAGAUGAUGGACAGAGGACCAGUGGUCAGUCUGUGGCCCAGAGAUAACAAAUACCAACAGGUGUAUGCUGCGCUGUCUCAGGUCCCUAACAUGCAUGUCUAUGCAAGAAAGGACAUCCUCCAACGUUACCAUUACAAAGGAGGGAAGUUUGUUUCACCGCUAACACUUGUGGCUGAGCCUGGCUGGUUUAUCACUGAGAACCAGAAAUCCCUUCCAUAUUGGAAAAACAGCUCCGGUGAACCCUCAGCGUGGCAAAAUGGCUGGCAUGGUUAUGACAACGAGUUCCUGGACAUGAGAGCCUUUUUCUUGGCAACAGGACCUGAUUUCAAGCGUAAUCUUCGGGCCGCUCCCAUCCGAACAGUGGACGUCUAUAACGUCAUGUGCUGGACACUCGGAGUGGAACCUCUGCCCAACAAUGGCUCGUGGUCUCGGGUGGAGUUCCUGCUGAACGCCUCGGCUCCAUCUCAGCCUCCAACGCUCUGGACCUGCUGUAUGUGUUUGUUUGGAAUCGUGUUUGCUUUGUGGGAUUAAAACACAGCGACAGCAUCAGGGAUUUGACUCAGUUUAGAAGAUUACACGAGUUCACACCGAGAGAAGCAAAGCCAAGCUUAAUGAAAGGCUGGAAAUCUCCUCUCGUUUUCUUUUUCUCUCUUGACUCUUGAUGUUUGUUCAAUUUAAUACAAAAAUAUCAAAUAAAUGGUUCAUUUUUACAUUAAUUUCUGUAGAAUCUGUAGAAAAUGACUCUUAAAUGUGAUGUUCUUGCCUCUUUUCCUACCAUGUUCUGACUGUGAGAAAUCUAAUCUUUUCUGCUUUGUGAAUUCAGUCUGUGUAGAGAAUGAUUGAAUGUCAUGUUCUGAUCUGUGAGACCAUGAAUAAUAACACAUUGUUUGUGGAUAAUGAUCUUAAAAUAAACCUGUUUUCAUUGGAAAACUGUAAAGGA